CUUCAAUUGUCUCUCUCCGGAUGGUCUCUGGCUCAGUAAACCCCCCAAAACAGACAUCCCCCGCGUUGUUCAGACGGAGCGCAUACUUGACAGUCGACUGCCCCGCAUUGUCCUAGAUCGCGUCUCUUUCUUCCCCCGGAGAGACUCUCUUUCCAGCUUACCACUUCACAAUCAAUUGAUCACACCAGCCGACAGACACCAUGGUGAAGAUCUUGAGUUUCACUACCCGGGACGUGAGGUUUCCGACCUCCCUCGACAAGACCGGCUCUGAUGCCAUGAACGCCGCAGGCGACUACUCUGCCGCCUACUGCAUCAUCCACACCGAUUCCGAGCACGCCGGUCACGGAAUGACCUUCACCAUCGGCCGCGGCAACGAGAUCGUCUGCGCAGCCAUCUCACUCGUCGCGCCACUCGUCGUCGGAAAGGACCUCUCCGAACUCACUGCCGACUGGGGCAAGACAUGGCGGUACCUAGUCUCCGACAGCCAGCUGCGAUGGAUCGGGCCCGAGAAGGGCGUGAUCCACCUGGCGCUGGGCGCGGUGGUCAACGCGCUCUGGGACCUGUGGGCCAAGACGCUUCACAAGCCCGUCUGGCGCAUCGUCGCCGACAUGACGCCCGAGGAGUUCGUCCGCUGCAUCGACUUCCGCUACAUCACGGACGCGAUCACGCCCGAGGAGGCGAUCGCGCUCCUCAAGGAGGUCGAGUCCGGCAAGCAGGACCGCAUCAAGGAGGCGGAGCAGAGCCAGGCUGAUAAGUUGAAGACGCUUUUGAAGGAGAGCGUCGAGCAGGGCUACAAGCAUUUUAAGCUGAAGGUUGGUGGCAAUGUCGAGGAGGAUCGCAGGAGGUUGGCUAUUGCUAGGGAGGCGAUUGGGUAUGAUCGGGGAAAUAUCCUGAUGGUGGAUGCGAAUCAGGUCUGGUCCGUCCCCGAAGCCAUAACCUGGAUGCAACAACUCGCCGAAUUCAAACCAUGGUUCAUCGAAGAGCCCACCUCCCCGGACGACAUCCUCGGGCACGCCGCCAUCAAAAAAGCCCUAUCCGACACCCCCCACGGCCCCAUCGGGGUCGCCACCGGCGAAAUGUGCCAGAACCGGGUCGUCUUCAAGCAGCUCCUCCAGGCCGGCGCCCUCACCGUGCUGCAAGCCGACGCGUGCCGCGUCGGCGGCGUCAACGAAGUGCUCGCCAUCCUGCUCCUGGCGCGCAAGUUCGGCGUGCCCAUCGUGCCGCACUCCGGCGGCGUGGGUCUGCCCGAGUACACGCAGCACCUCAGCACGAUCGACUACGUGGUGGUCAGUGGCAAGAAGAGCGUGCUCGAGUACGUCGACCAUCUGCAUGAGCAUUUCGUGCAUCCCUCCAGCGUGAAAGAUGGUUAUUAUGUCACGCCGCUGGAGCCCGGGUAUAGUGUCGAGAUGAAGCCGGAGAGUAUGGAUGAGUUUGAGUUCCCGGGUGUCGAGGGCAAGAGUUGGUGGAGGACGGAGGAGGCGAAGACCAUUUUGGAGGGGCCGAGGAUAUAGUUGCUAUAAAAGAUAAGACACCCUG